CAUUGGUAAUCUGAAAGACGCUAAAAGGUCUGAGCUUAAGAAGAAGCAUGCUGGUCAUGCUCCUUCAGAAGCUCAAGUUCUGGCCAGCAUCAGCUCACGUGAACUGGCCAGACAUUGCAGAAGGAGAACUCGUGGGGUAGAGGAGAGCCGCAGCCUAAUCCAAGGCCUUUUGAACUCCAUGUGGGAUUUAACAGACACCUCAGGUUUACCCUUGAUUAACCCUGAGAGCAUGGCACGUGUGUGGGAGGUGCAACAGAAGCACUUGCCAUGCAUUCAGGAUCCCCCGGGACUCGAGCUAUAUACAAAACUCUCAGGGUUAGUCAAGGGUAACAAGGUCUUGGAUGUGUUGAGGUGUGGCAGAGGGUCGUCUUCGGUGGAAAGCUUCCAUCGCCACCAGUGCACUUUUAUCCCAGGAUGGAGAUCUAAUGCGAUGCACACCCAGAUGUACAUGCUUGAGGUGGGUCCAGGUGGAAUCUCAACCGAGCACGUGCAGCUGUGGAUGUGAGUGGUGCGUCACACACGAGGAUGUACGAUGUCCGACUGAUGUCGAGCUAAACAUCCUCAGCAACCGAGUCCUCGGUAGUGCACUGCUACCAGAGUUCAACCCUCCUGGGAGACCAACUGGUGAGCGUAUUGCUGUGGAGUAUUUGCUGGCUCAGUCGGACAGAGGAGACCUGCUGGGUCAACAGCACGGUGAACUUGGCCUCAUUCUGCCAGACCUUCAGGUUGACGUUCCGGAGGAGGACUUUCUUGACAUCACAAUAAGUGAUGCCACUGAGACUCUCAGUGAGAGCCCACAUCACGAAAGUCCUUCUCUCCAUGCUGACUCUCAGUCGUUGGAUGCGGUUGAGAUUUGCAGUGAGGGUCAACCUGAAGCCCAGUCUGAAGACGAGUUGGCCAUUUCACCACCUCACAGUCCUUCUUUCCAUGCUGACGCAUCAUCUCAGGAUAGCCGAUGUGACAUAAGAGGUGUUCCUGGAUGGGAGGCGGUUGAUUCAUUGGCAGAGUACCUAGUUGACCUCAACCGCACAAUCACUGCGCUGUCAACCGCAGAAAUAGCUGAAAUUGUGCGGUUGUAUGGUAAUAUGUCUGCCAUGGACAAGGCUCCCUCCAAAUACAGCCUGAAAAGCAAGAAGAAGACCUUGCCUGGGCCGUGGAGAGCGUCAAGGAAACGCAGUGGCUCUGCACCUGGUCAGCAAGCUGCUGAAAGACUAUUCAUGACCCAUGGCCAGGCUGCCCAGAGACCUGAUAAAAACAGGGUAUCGGAAUGCGUUUCCCUGAGGCUCUGGAAGGAGUACGAGCUGGCAAGAAACAGGCCAAAAGACUGCAAGGGGAAAACCUUGCCAGUUGCGCAGUCAAUGGUGAAGACAUACUGCCACAUAAAACAGCUGCUCGAAGACAGCCUGGUGAUACAGGACAAGACCAACUUGGUCCUGGUUACUAUAAACAACACCACAGUGUCUUCUUGGCUGCAUGAGAGGCAGAAAAGGACAGGUCGGGACUCAUUGCUCCAAGGAGUACAGCUUCCCCAGAAGGUCUCUGCAGCAAAAGAUUUUCUGCCAAAACCCAGAGAGCUCCCUUCUUGCCCCUGUGGAACAUCGACAUGUCAUCAUGGAAUUCCCGGAGCCUGAAAAUCGUGAGGGCGAGUCAGUGAUACGCCGGCGCCACAGUGUCCGAACUGGCUCAGCACAGCAUUGUCCUCCUGAGUGGUACAAUGCAUGGCCUGAUUCUCCUGCCUCAUCCUUGUAUGCGCAGGGUCUUCUUCCACCAGCCCCACCUCUUGCCUCAUCCUCUUACACGCAGGAUCUUCUUCCACCAGCCCCAUCUCCUGCCUC